AUGCAAGACAAUGAACAUUCACAUAAUGAAAAAUCAUCUAAUCAUUAUCCUUUAGAAUAUUUAGAUCAAUUUCUACAAUUAAUAUGUGCUCCAGAUUUAAUUACGAUGGGUUUAUUUCCAAAUGCAAAAGAAAUUACUGAAUCAUUUGCAGUAUGGACAGCAUUAAGAAGAUAUAUUCUUCCGAAAUUAUCAUUAUCAUCAACAACAACAUGUACAACUGAUAAUCGUCAAAAUGCAAUAAUUGUUGUUGGUGAUGGUAUGACACCUCGUACAGCUGCAUUAUGUGCAUAUUUAACAAAAGGUCAAUGGCAAUGUUAUAGUAUUGAUCCAUUACUUCAAUAUGAUACAUAUGCUGAUAUCACAUUUAUUAAUCGACGAAGUUUAACAACAAUUGAUCAAUGUAAAGAAUGGAAAAAUAUUAAAGGUUUACGAAUGACACGUGCUAAAAUUCAAACUGUAUCUAUACAAUGUCGAAAAGCAAUUAUUGUUAUGAUGCAUGCUCAUGUUACUAUUGAAGAUGCUAUAAAUGCUGUUGAUGCAUCAGAAGGUAUUUAUGGUGUUGUUACAUGUCCAUGUUGUAAAUGGGGACCUUAUCAAGAAGAAUGUUUUCAACAAACACCACAUGAACAAUAUAUAGAUAAAAGAUUAUUAAGUGCUAAAAAUCAAAUAAAUGUAUGGUGUUUUCCACAAGGUUAUCAUUAUAAAUCAUCAAUUGAUACUAAACAAAUAUCAAAUGAACAUAAUGUAUGGGGUGUUGAUGCAAAUAUGAUUGAACAGAUAUUAUCUACUCGAGAUGGAGUUAAACAACGAGCUAUUGAUUUAUGGCCACAGAUAUUUUAUAAUGGUAUAAACGCAUUUAAUCCUACAAAUAUAAAUUCAUCAUUACAUGAUGUUAAUAAAUGGCCAUGGGGAUUAACAACAUGGUCACCUAAAGAUAUUUCACCACUGGUAAAAUCAUGUAAUGAUAAGUCAGAUAUAUCAUCAUCUACUGAUGUAUCAAUAUUACCUUCAUGGUUUAAAAAACCUGUUUUAAUUAUUGGAACAAUUGGAGCAAUACGACGAUGUAAACAUACAGUUUUUUAUGAAUUAAAUACAUGUUCUAUACCACCAACAGAAGAACUUGAAGAUAUUUUACGAAUAACUUCCUAUAGAUCAUCGAUAAAAAAUACUUCGGAAGAAAAAACAUUUCCUACAUUAGAUGGUACAUUUCCUUCAUUAUUAAAAUCUGCUGAUCGUAUAUGGACAUGUGUUGAAUAUCAACGACAUUGUCAAGCUAUUUCUGCUUUUGAUUGUAAAGUUGAUCGUAAAAUUAAAAAACAACAUUUACCAACAGAAAAUAUUAAUACAACGGUAGAAUCAUUGAAGAAUAAUCGUGUUAAUAUUUUACUUUCUUUAUUAUCUUAUAAACAAAUAACUUAUCCAGCUGCACAAUUAAAUGAUCAUAAAAAAA